UAAACCUCACCCUACAGAUACUCUUCCGGCUUACUGGAGAGGAUUACACAGUAGUGAAGAAGUCCUCUAGUGGGCGCUGUUGGGCCCCUGUGUGUGAAGGAUGGGGAAGAACCCUGAGCCCAAUCCCGGGGCCCCCACCUCACUCCCUGAUACAUGAGGAAAUGGAUGAACAGAAGAUCCGAGAACUCAUCAACAAGAUGAUGGAGCUGCUGACUGGAGAGGUUCCUAUAAGGUGUCAGGACGUGGCGGUCUAUUUCUCCAUGGAGGAGUGGGAGUAUGUAGAAGGACACAAGGAUCAGUACAAGGAUCAGGUCAUGAUGGAGGAUCAGCAGCCCCUCACAUCACCAGUCAGAUCCAGUAAGAGAACAGCACCAGAGAGGUGUCCCCGUCCUCUUCUUCCACAGGAUGAUCAGGGAGAAGAUCUGAACAAUAUUAAUGCUCCAGAGACAGAUGUGAGCGGUGAUGAGCAGUAUAAGGAGGACAUUCCUACAGGAAAAGAUCUGAUCUAUAAUAAUGCUACAGACAUAAAGGAAGAAGAGACAGAUGUGAGCGGUGAUGAGCAGUAUAAAGAGGACAUUCCUACAGAUUCUUGUAGCAGGAGAUCAGAGGAGAAUCUUAUAUCUUCAGAUUAUAAAGCAGAUGAUGAUAUCACACAAGAUACAUAUGAAGAACAUUCCAUUAUCCCAGAUACACCCUCAGCCCUUCACAGCCAAGAUCUGUCAUCUCAUCCUUAUAUACAGGUCCUGUCUUCUCAGUCAUCACAGGAUGUUCAGCAAAAUAAAAGCCACAGAAGUGGUGAUGGACAUCAAAGAGAUUGUGCAAGGAGCAAGCAAUAUUCAUGUUCAGAAUGUGGAAAGUGUUUUACCCAGAAAUCACAUCUUGUUAGACAUAAGAGAAGUCACACAGGAGAGAAGCCAUUUUCAUGUCCAGAAUGUGGGAAAUGUUUUCCAGAAAAAGCAAAUCUUGUUAAACAUAAGAAAAUUCACACAGGGGAGAAGCCAUUUUCAUGUUCAGAAUGUGGGAAAUGCUUUAGAGAAAAGGCUGAUCUUGUUAGACAUGAAAAAAGUCACACAGGGGAUAAUCCAUUUUCAUGUACAGAAUGUGGAAAAUGUUUUAAACAGAAACCAUAUCUUGUAAGACAUCAGAGAUUUCACACAGGGGAGAAGCCAUUUUCAUGUUCAGAGUGUGGGAAAUGUUUUAUUCUUAAAUCAAAGCUUGUCAGGCAUCACAUGACUCACACAGGAGAGAAGCCAAUUUCAUGCUCAGAAUGUGGGAAAUGUUUUACUUUUAAAUCAAGUCUUGUUAGACAUCAAAGAACUCACACAGGAGAGAAGCCAUUUUCAUGUUCAGAAUGUGGAAAAUGUUUUACUCUGAAAUCAAAUCUUUUCAAACAUCACAGAACUCACACAGGAGAGAAGCCAUUUUCAUGUUCAGAAUGUGGGAAAUGUUUUGCUCAGCAAUCAGAUCUUGCUGUACAUCAGCGAACUCACACAGGGGAGAAGCCAUUUUCAUGUUCAGAAUGUAAGAAAUGUUUUGCUUGGAAAUCACAUCUUGUUCAGCAUCAAAAAAUUCACACAGGAAAGCCAAUUGUAUGUUCAGAAUGUGGAAAAUGUUUUACUCUGAAAUCAGAGCUUUUUCAACAUAAAAAAACUCACACAGGGGGCAAGCCAUAUUCAUGCCCAGAAUGUGGGAAAUGUUUUAUUCGUAACUCGCAGGUUGUUGAACAUCAGAGAACUCACACAGGGGAGAAGCCUUUUUCAUGUUCAGAAUGUGGGAAAUAUUUUGCUCAGAAGUUAUAUCUUGCUAAGCAUCGAAAAACUCACAAAGGAGAGAAGCCAUUUCCGUGUUUAGAAUGUGGAAAAUGCUUUACUUGCAAAUCAGAUCUUGUUAAACAUCAGAAAACUCACACAGGGGUGAAGCCAUUUUCAUGUUCAGAAUGUGGGAAAUGUUUUACUCACAAAUCAUAUCUUGUUGAACAUCAGAGAACUCACACAGGAGAGAAGCCAUUUCCGUGUUCAGAAUGUGGAAAAUGCUUUACUUGGAAAUCAGAUCUUGUUAAACAUCAGAAAAGUCACACAGGGGAGAAGCCAUUUUCAUGUUCAGAAUGUGGCAAAUGUUUUACUCGCAAAUCAUAUCUUGUUGAACAUCAGAGAACUCACACAGGGGAGAAGCCAUUUCCGUGCUCAGAAUGUGGAAAAUGCUUUACUUGGAAAUCAGAUCUUGUUAUACAUCAGAAAACUCACACAGGGGAGAAGCCAUUUUCAUGUUCAGAGUGUGGCAAAUGUUUUACUCAAAAAUCACAUCUUGUUGAACAUCAGAGAACUCACACAGGAGAAAAGCCAUUUCCGUGUUCAGAAUGUGGAAAAUGCUUUACUAGGAAAUUGGAUCUUGUUAAACAUCAGAAAACUCACACAGGGGAGAAGCCAUUUUCAUGUUCAGAAUGUGGCAAAUGUUUUACUCAAAAAUCAUAUCUUGUUGAACAUCAGAGAACUCACAUAGGAGAGAAGCCAUUUCUGUGUUCAGAAUGUGGAAAAAGCUUUACUCGGAAAUGGGAUCUUGUUAAACAUCAGAGAACUCACACAGGGGAGAAGCCAUUUUCAUGUUCAGAAUGUGACAAAUGUUUUACUCGGAAAGCAAAUCUUCUUAUACACCAAAGAGCUCACACUGGAAAAAAAAUCCUGUUAUUAGGAGGUUUGUGCAAUAACAUUAGAAUUGUUCUCUACAUUCCUAUAAGGUGUCAGGACGUGGCGGUCUAUUUCUCCAUGGAGGAGUGGGAGUAUGUAGAAGGACACAAGGAUCAGUACAAGGAUCAGGUCAUGAUGGAGGAUCAGCAGCCCCUCACAUCACCAGUCAGAUCCAAUAAGAGAACAGCACCAGAGAGGUGUCCCCGUCCUCUUGCUGAACAGUGUAAGGAGGACAUUACUACAGGCAAAUAUCUGAUCUAUAUUAAUGCUACAGACAUAAAGGAAGAAGAACAGACGGAUGUGAGCGGUAAUGAGCAAUAUAAGGAGGACAUUCCUACAGGGAAAGAUCAGAACAGUAUUAAUGCUACAGACAUAAAGGAAGAAGAAGAGACAGAUGUGAGCAGUGAUAAGCAGUAUAAGGAGAACAUUCGUACAGGGAAAGAUAUGAUCCACAUUAAUGCUACAGACAUCAAAGAAGAAGAGACAGAUGUGGGCGGUGAUGAGCAGUAUAAGGAGGACAUUUCCACAGAGAAAGAUCUGAUCAAUAUUAAUGCUCCAGACAUAAAGAAAGAAAAUACAAAUGUAAGCGGUGAUGAUCAGUAUAAGGAGGACAUUCCUACAGGGAAAGAUCUGAUCUAUAUUAAUGCUUCAGACAUAAAGGAAGAAGAAGGAGAGACAGAUGUUAGCGGUAAUGAGCAGUAUAAGGAGGACAUUUCUACAGAGAAAGAUCUGAUCUAUAUUAAUGCUCCAGACAUAAUAGUAAAAGUAGAAGAAGAGACAGAUGUGAGCGGCGAUGAGCAGUAUAAGGAGGACAUUUCUACAGGUAACCACCGUGAUUCUUGUACCAGGAGAUCAGAGGAGAAUCUUAUAUCUUCAGAUUAUAAAGCAGAUGAUGAUAUCACACAAGAUACAUAUGAAGAACAUUCCAUUAUCCCAGAUACACCCUCAGCCCUUCACAGCCAAGAUCUGUCAUCUCAUCCUUAUAUACAGGUCCUGUCUUCUCAGUCAUCACAGGAUGUUCAGAAAAAUAAAAGUAAUAUUAGAAGUGUUGAGCAUCAGAAUGCUUUCACAGGGGAGAAGCUAUUUUCAUGUUCAGAAUGUGGGAAAUGUUUUACUGGGAAAACAAAUCUUUUACAACACCAAAAAACUCACACAGGGGAGAAGCCAUUUUCAUGCUCAGAAUGUAGAAAAUGUUUUACUGGGAAAACAAAUCUUGUUCUACAUCAAAGAACUCACACAGGGGAGAAGCCAUUUUCAUGCUCAGAAUGUAGAAAAUGUUUUACUCAGCAGUCACAUCUUGUUCUACAUCAAAGAACUCACACAGGGGAGAAGCCGUUUUCAUGCUCAGAAUGUGGGAAACGUUUUAGUGAGAAAUCAAUUCUUGUUCAACAUUAUAGAACUCACACGGGGGAGAAGCCAUUUUCAUGUUCAGAAUGUAGAAAGUGUUUUACUGACAAAUCAAGUCUUUUUAAACAUCAACGAACUCACACAGGGGAGAAGCCAUUUUCAUGUUCAGAAUGUAGAAAGUGUUUUACUAACAAAUCAAGUCUUCUUAAACAUCAAAGAACUCACACAGGGGAGAAGCCAUUUUCAUGUUCAGAAUGUGCAAAGCGUUUUACUGACAAAUCAAGUCUUCUUAAACAUCAAAGAACUCACACAGGGGAGAAGCCAUUUUCAUGUUUAGAAUGUGGGAAAUGUUUUACUCGGAAAUUAAGUCUUAUCGGACAUCAAAGAACUCACACAGGGGAGAAGCCAUUUUCAUGUUCACAAUGUGGGAAAGGUUUUGCUCGGAAAUCAACUCUUCUUCAGCAUCAAGGAACUCACACAGGAGAGAAGCCAAUUCAGAGCAAUAAAUGAUGCGUCAGUAAACAUCAGUGUAAUUCUUUUUCUAUCUAUUUCUUCUUUCUUGUUCUUUUUCUAAAGAGUUUAUGUUUGUAAUUCAUUGUUGUUGUGUAACAAUUUGUCAUUUUCUUUUCUUUUUU